UAUGUCGGACAUGCGGAAUCGAGUCAGUGCGCGGUAUUCCGUCUAACCAGCGACGGUACGCAAUCUCCUUCGGCCGUUUCGGAUCGCGAGAAACUUCGAGUGGCGAGAUUCUCGUUGGUCGAUAUUGCGAGAAAGUCGAUCGUAGUCUCGAUUCAGUCGCGAAUCGCAUUCUCCGUCGUGAAGUUUAUAUUGCGCGGAGAAGUACGUUGAGAAAUCGGACGAGUUGGACGGACGAAGCAACGCGACCGGAAAUACGCCGUUGAAUCGAAGUACGUUCGCGCAACGAAAGCGACGUUCGUUGCGUUCGACGACAGAGAGAAAGAGAGAGACUAUAACAGAGCAGAAAGUAAAUUGUACCGUGAAGCGUGAUCCUGAAAAAGUUAGCCGCGUGGCCGAGCAUAAUUCCAGGUGCUAAAUUUAAAUGUGCUGCCCCGAUCCCCUUGGGUUAUUUCGCCUAGGUUGGCUGCGCUCGAACGGCUCGCUAGCGUACCCUGUUCUCCGUCGUCAGCCCUGCCGGCAGUGGUAUCGGUGUUGAUCGUCGUCACCAAGUAUAUAUACGUGCGCGGUGGUCGCCAUUGCCGGCGGUAACGGCACUGGUGCGAAAUACAUAUACACACACACAUACACACACACAACAUACAACAUACACGCACACACAUACAGGCAGACGUCUCCUGCGCGAUCGCGAGCUUACCACCACUACGCGAGUCAGUCGACGGUCUGCCGGCGAGCAGUGCGGACGUGUCGCGGAAGGAUUUGAAGUUGUCGUCGGCCCGCAGAUAUUUGCUGGCACGACCGCGAUUUUGCCCCACCGUCUCGGUGCCCACGGUAACGCACGGCUCCCGCGGACAGAACCACCUCCUCUCUGCCCGGCCCGACGACCCUCCCUCCCUCGCGACGGUUACCCGGUGUUCUACCAGCGCCGCGGCGGUUCCCCUCUAUUGAUCGAAUUUGACCUGCGAAGUUUCCCCUAGCGUGUGCGGUAGUGGCGGCCGGCAGUGGCUCUCGCGCUUACGUUCCUCGGUUAGUGCGGUAAAUAAUCGCGAUACCUCGGCAUGGCUACUCCGACCGCUUGCACGCGGUUUAGUGACAACUACGAUCUCAAGGAGGAACUGGGCAAAGGUGCCUUCUCGGUGGUUCGACGAUGCGUUCAGAAGAGCACUGGUCACGAAUUCGCGGCGAAGAUCAUCAACACGAAAAAACUCACGGCCAGAGAUUUCCAGAAGCUCGAACGCGAGGCACGGAUAUGUAGGAAAUUGCAGCACCCAAAUAUCGGUGAGUGA